CUGUCGAAAAAAUAAUGUUGACUCUUUUAAGUGGGGAAGCUGAAAUAAAAAAAAAAUCAAUUACGAGUAUAGAGUGACAUCAUGAACAAGGCAGCUGGAGUGGAUUGAUUUUCAUUUUGUUUCUGUUGAGGCUUUCUGAUCAGCGAACAGCUUCGAUGGCUCCAGUCAUCAGCAAACUGACCUAACAUAAUCUGAAUGGCGAUGGAUGCUUCUACACAUACACAACACUAGCAUAAAUUUGAACACACCCCUUGCGAGCAAAAAUGAUUCAAAUUGUUCUGUUCCCUUACCGCUGAAUCACGGUCAUACUGAUUAAAUAACUGUGGCCUUCAUUCGAAAAAAAAACGCACGUUGGAUUAAUAGGAACUUGAAACCAAAAUAAAUCAGCAAAUAGAAAUGCUCCUACUAAAGAUCUACACAUGGUUGCAAUCGUAAUUGACAUGUAGUGAAAAUCAUGUUCUUGUGUGUUAACUUGAAUCAGGUUGGAGAUGAGUCAUCGACAGAUUAUGACCUAUCAAGUUCGAUUGUGUGGCACGUGGGCACAACAUGUUCAUCAGGCAUGAGCAGGUAAUGAGUAGUUAAAUAAAAAGGCCUUGAAGAAUCCCUUGAACUCUUUGAGGCAACUGAACUCAAAGAAAAUUUUAAACAGUUUAAACCUCUCGACCAUUUAUAAAACUCAGUCCCAGAUAAUUGUUCCCUCUAGGAAUUUCACCAGGUAUUCUAUCAAGAAUUCCUCCAGCAAUUUCUCCAAUAGUUCCACCAGGAACUCCUGCAGCAUUCCCUCCAGGAAUUCCUCCAGGAGUUCCUCUAGGAGUUCUACCAGGAGUUCCUCCAGGAAUUCCUCCAGGAGUUCCACCAAAAAUUUCUCCGGGAACUUCACCAGGAGUUUCCUCCAAGAAUUUCGCCAGAAAUUUCUCCAGGAAUUCCACCAGGAAUUUAUCCAGGAAUUCCACCACGAAUUUCUCCAGGAAUUCCACCAGGAAUUUAUCCAGGAAUUCCACCAGGAAUUCCUCCAGGAGUUCCACCAGGAUUUCCUCUAGGAGUUCUACCAGGAGUUCCUCAAGGAAUUCCUCCAGGAGUUCCUCAAGGAAUUCCUCCAGGAGUUCCACCAAAAAUUUCUCUGGGAACUUCACCAGGAGUUUCCUCCAAGAAUUUCGCCAGAAAUUUCUCCAGGAAUUCCACCAGGAAUUCCACCAGGAAUUUGUCCAGGAAUUUAUCCAGGAAUUCCACCAGGAACUCCACCAGAAAUUCCUCCAAGAAUUCCACUAGGAAUUCCUCCAGGAGUCCCACCAGGAAUUCCUCUAGGAGUUCUACCAGGAGUUCCUCAAGGAAUUCCUCCAGGAGUUCCGCAAGGAAUUCCUCCAGGAGUUUCACCAAAAAUUUCUCCGGGAACUUCACCAGGAGUUUCCUCCAAGAAUUUCGCCAGAAAUUUCUCCAGGAAUUCCACCAGGAAUUCCACCAGGAAUUUUUCCAGGAAUUCCACCAGGAACUCCUCCGGGAAUUGCACCAGGAAUUCCAUCAGGAAUUCCUCCAUGUAUUCCUCCAGGAAUUCCACCAGAAAUUCCACCCUGUAUUCCACCAUGAAUUCUUCUAGAAAUUCCAUCAGAAAUUUCUCCAGGAGUUUCACCAGGAAUUCCUCCAGGAAUUGCACCAGGAAUUCCAUUAGGAAUUCCUCCAGGAAUUCCAUCAGGAAUUCCACCAGGAACUCCAUCAGAAAUUCCUCCAGGAAUUUCUCCAAGAAUUCCACAAAGAAUUUCUCCAGGAAUUCCACCAGGAAUUCCUCCAGGAAUUGCGACAGGAAUUCCAACAGGAAUUCCACCAGAAAUUUCUCCAGGAAUUCCACCAGGUAUUCCUCCAGGAAUUCCUCCUGGAAUUCCACCAAGAACUCCUCCGGGAAUUGCACCAGGAAUUCCUCCAGGUAUUCCUCCAAGAAUUCCACCAGGAAUUCCACCAUGAAUUCCUCUAGGAAUUCCACCAUGAAUUUCUCCAAGAGUUUCACCAGGAAUUCCUCCAGGAAUUGUACCACGAAUUCCAUUAGAAAUUCCUCCAGGAAUUCCAUCAGGAAUUCCACUAGGAAUUGCAUUAGAAAUUCCUCCAGGAUUUCCUCCAGGAAUUCCACCAGGAAUUUCUCCAGGAAUUCCACCAGGAAUUCCUCCAGGAAUUCCACCAGGAGUUCCACCAGGAGUUCCACCAGAAAUUUCUCCAGGAAUUCCACCUGGAAUUUCUACAGGAAUUCCUCUAGGAAGUCUACCAGGAAUUUCUCCAGGAAUUCCACCAGGAACUCCACCAGAAAUUCCUUCUCGAAUCCCACCAGGAAUUCCUCCAGGAGUUCCACCAGGAAUUCCUCGAGGAGUUCUACCAGGAGUUCCUCAAGGAAUUCCUCCAGGAGUUCCACCAAAAAUUUCUCCGGGAACUUCACCAGGAGUUUCCUCCAAGAAUAUCGCCAGAAAUUUCUCCAGGAAUUCCACCAGGUAUUCCUCCAGGAAUUCCUCCAGGAAUUCCUCCAGGAAUUCCACCAGGAACUCCUCCGGGAAUUGCACCAGGAAUUCCUCCAGGUAUUCCUCCAAGAAUUCCACCAGGAAUUCCACCAUGAAUUCCUCUAGGAAUUCCACCAGGAAUUUCUCCAGGAGUUUCACCAGGAAUUCCUCCAGGAAUUCCACCAGGAAUUCCUCCAGGAAUUCCACCAGGAAUUCCUCCAGCAAUUUCUCCAGGAAUUCCACCUGGAAUUUCUACAGGAAUUCCUCUAGGAAGUCCACCAGGAAUUUCUCCAGGAAUUCCACCAGGAACUCCACCAGAAAUUCCUCCUCGAA